AUGGGUGCUUCCUGUUCCUCGUGCUGCGGAGGCAAAUCCCGCGACGGUUUGUAUGAUAACGUCCUCGCUGACAGCGAGCGGGAGGCUGUUGCCGACCUCCUCCAAUAUCUCGAAAAUCGCGGAGAGACCGACUUCUUCUCCGGAGAGCCCCUACGCGCCCUGAGCACUCUCGUCUACUCGGAGAACAUUGAUCUUCAAAGGAGUGCAAGUCUGACGUUUGCUGAAAUCACCGAGCGAGAUGUGCGGGCAGUUGACCGGGAUACUCUUGAACCCAUCCUCUUCCUUCUCCAAAACUCCGAUAUCGAGGUACAAAGGGCAGCCAGCGCGGCGCUGGGGAACCUUGCCGUAAACAGUAGGUGCUUCUCCCGAAGGUGUCUAUGUGCGGUAGAGAUGACUAAUAAGAGAACAGCCGACAACAAGGUCCUGAUCGUCCAGCUCGGUGGUCUGGCCCCCCUUAUCCGUCAAAUGAUGUCGCCCAACGUCGAAGUUCAGUGUAACGCUGUUGGGUGUAUCACUAACUUGGCCACGCACGAAGACAACAAGGCCAAGAUUGCACGUUCCGGGGCUCUGGGACCAUUGACACGACUCGCCAAAUCUAGGGACAUGAGAGUUCAACGCAAUGCUACUGGCGCUCUCCUAAACAUGACACACUCUGAUGAAAAUCGCCAACAACUGGUCAAUGCAGGCGCGAUCCCUGUGUUGGUUCAGUUACUGUCUUCCACUGAUGUCGACGUCCAGUAUUAUUGCACUACUGCCCUCAGCAACAUUGCCGUCGACGCCAAUAACAGGCGGAAGCUUGCGCAGACCGAGCCUCGGCUUGUUCAGUCUCUUGUCAACUUGAUGGACUCCUCUUCACCCAAGGUUCAAUGCCAGGCCGCCUUGGCACUCCGGAAUCUCGCCUCGGACGAAAAGUACCAGUUGGAAAUCGUUCGCGCCAGCGGUCUCGGUCCCCUUCUCCGUCUUCUUCAGUCGUCGUAUCUACCGCUCAUUUUGUCGGCUGUUGCCUGCAUUCGAAACAUCUCGAUCCACCCAAUGAACGAGUCUCCCAUCAUCGAGGCAGGAUUUUUGAAACCAUUGGUUGACCUCUUAGGGUCGACCGAUAACGAGGAGAUCCAGUGUCAUGCUAUCUCAACCCUCAGAAACUUGGCAGCGAGCUCGGACAGGAACAAGGCGUUGGUGCUUGAGGCUGGCGCUGUACAGAAGUGCAAGCAGUUGGUGCUCGAGGUUCCAGUGACGGUACAGUCGGAGAUGACGGCAGCCAUUGCCGUUUUGGCGCUGAGUGAUGAACUGAAGACAAAUCUUUUGGAGCUCGGUGUGUUUGAGGUUUUGAUUCCUCUUACCAAGUCACCUAGCAUCGAGGUUCAAGGAAACAGUGCUGCGGCUCUGGGUAACCUGUCAUCUAAAGUGGGCGACUACAGUGUUUUCAUUCACAACUGGAACGAGCCAAGCGAUGGCAUCCACGGCUACUUGAGCAGAUUCCUCGCUAGCGGCGACGCCACUUUUCAACACAUUGCGAUCUGGACACUGUUGCAGCUCCUCGAAUCUGAAGACAAGAAGCUUAUUGGGCUGAUUGGAAAAUCGAACGACAUUGUGGAUAUGAUUAGACAGCUUGCGAACCGCCAGAUUGAGUCGGAUAACGAACUGGAGGACGAUGACGAGGGUGAAGUGGUCAGCCUUGCACAGCGGUGCUUGGAGCUCCUCGGCCAGGGAAAUGCCAAAGCCCACAUCGAGGGUUAA